AAGCGAGAAGGAGGCGAGCCCUCUUGCUUGCUUUCGCUCCGGGGAUUUGGAGCCAAGGGUGGCGGUGCCGGGGCGGUGGCGAGGGCACCCGGGAGGGACGAGUGGGGGGGGGACCCGUGGUCCGUCGCCUCCGCGCUCCGUGGGUGAGCGGGUCUCCUCAGGGACGCCUCAGCCCGACAGGAGGGCGAGGCGGAGGGCAGCGCCCGGCCGCCUCUCCGGCCUCUCCUUCAGCCGUGCUUCUGCCCCCCCGCCUCAACUCGGCCGCCCCCAUGUUCCAGCUGCCCCUCCUCAACUUCAGCCCUCAGCAGGUGGCCGGGUUGUGUGAGACCCUGGAGGAGAGCGGCGACGUGGAGCGCCUGGGGUGCUUCCUGUGGUCGCUGCCGGUGGCGCCGGAGGCCGGCGAGGCGGUCCACCACAACGAGUCGGUGCUGCGCGCCCGCACCGUUGUGGCUUUCCACGGCGGCCACUACCGCGAGCGCUACCACAUCCUGGAGAGCCACAAGUUCCCCAAGGAGUCGCACGCCAAGCUCCAGGCCCUGUGGCCCUGUCCCCAUCAAAGGGCCGGUUGUAUCUGUAAGGCUGGCGGGAUCGCGGACUUGGGCGGGAGGCGAGGGUCGGGCCGGCCUCGUCGCUCCUCUCGGGGAGACCUGGAUGUCGCCGCCAAGGCUUCCACCACCGGCGAAGGAGACCCGCCCCGAUCGCCUCCUCCGGAGGAGGGGACCCAGCGGGGCAAGAGGAGGAUGCCCGUGAAAUUGACGCUCCGCCGGGUGAAAUUGACGCGCCAGCCCCGACCGACCCGCCGCUUGGGCUGA